AUGGGACCUAUAUCAAUUGCACAAUAUAUGAGAGAGGUAUUAACAAAUUCUCAUGGUGGUUACUAUAUGACGGGUGAUGUAUUUGGUAGACAAGGAGAUUUUGUUACAUCUCCCGAAAUUAGUCAGAUAUUUGGUGAG